AUGGAUGCGAAGCAAGCCUUUGAUGAGAUUCGUGCGCGUUUCUCAUCACGACCGCUCUUUCAAGAGAUGGAGCGCGACUUAAGGGUGAUGACGCACCGCAUCAGUCAGCCAUUUACGAAUGAAAACAGCUCCUAUUGUAGAGACGACAGAAGUAUUGGGAGGAGCAGCUCUACGCCUACCGGUUUACUGAGAAAACUGCCACCCCCAAUCGUCCGACCAGCUGUAGUGGAGACGUUGCUGCACCACUCCUCAGCGCUCCCGGUGUGGGAGGAAAAGCAAAGAGGUGGAAACGACAGUGGCUUCGACAGGUGCCACUGGGAAGAGAGUCCUGGCGAAGGAUGCUCUUCGUCUCAAUGGGCUAGGGUGGGGGGACGUGUGAUGGGAACGCGCGCUUCACUUAGUUGUAGCCCACCGGAUUCAUUCCUGUCCGGCUCGCGGGUCGGUCCGCCGAUAGACUUUGGAGCGGAACAGCAGCACUCUCGUGAUAGUCGGGGGCGGUACUCCACUCACGAGGCUGGUGGCGUACAGACACCACCACCACCGCCGUCACCGCCGCCGCUGUAUGCUGUGGCAGGUGAUUGCAGUCAGGCGUCAUCUCAUGGUCGAGGUCAUGACAGCAACGACAGCAGAGGUGGCACGCAGGCGGCGGUGACGGUAGACACCUGUGAAAGGCCGCGUAGUGACGGUCUUCGCUUUCUGAGAGAACUAGACGAGACGAGCAUCCUGCAGCAAGUGCGCCACGCCCUGAGUAUUUACAAGCAUCGUGAAGAGGAAGAAGAGGCAAAGUUUCCAGCUGCGCCUCCAGCGGCGCCCAUCACCGACGCUGAGCGUGCGCUUCAUUGGUCUGCGGAGGUCAGUGCGCAGCCAUUGACGGAGGCGACGCGCUCUGCCCUCGCGGAGCUUGAGGAGUUGGAGAGAAAACACCACGCCGCCGCCGCCGCGGAGAUGGCGGUGGUGACGCCGAUGCGGUUCCAAGAGGAACGAAGGCAUUCAACAGGCGUCGCUCCCGCAGAUGACAUGAUAAUGCGAUGUGCAAAGAUUGGUAACUCACUACGUGGUGAUCACCCGGCCCGGCUAGAGGUGGAGGCACCAGCGCCAAUAAGAGAGAUCACUGCAGCGGCUACCGGGAGUCUUCCGACGGAACCAAGACGGCGGCGGCAGCAACGUUUGUUGCGUGGCCCGACAGAUAAUGUGGUAGUUGACAGGGGAGUCCACGUGGCGACAAAUCUGCGCGAGUGGGACUCAACAAACGAGCCCCGUUUAGGGAAGAAUCACUCUUCUGUUCUUAGACCUGCAAAUACAGACAUUUCAUAG